AUGUCGAGGGCCAAGAGACUUAUGAAAGAGUUGCAAGCUGUCAGGGAUGAUCCCGCGGCAAAUAUCACUUUAGAAUUCAUCAGCGAAUCCGAUAUUCACCGCUUGAAAGGUUCAUUUUUGGGCCCACCAGAGACUCCAUACCAAGGUGGUCGUUUUAUCAUUGAUAUUGAAGUGCCCAUGGAAUACCCUUUCAAACCACCAAAGAUGAAAUUCGACACUAAAGUUUACCACCCCAACAUUUCAUCUGUUACUGGUGCUAUUUGUCUAGACAUUUUGAAGAAUGCAUGGUCACCAGUUAUUACUUUGAAGAGUGCAUUGAUCUCGUUACAGGCACUUCUACAAUCACCUGAGCCUAAUGACCCACAAGAUGCUGAAGUUGCCCAACAUUAUCUCCGGGAUAAGGAGUCCUUCAGCAAAACAGCCGCUCUAUGGACAAGACUUUAUGCUUCAUCAAAUGGUGGUAGUGGUGCACCUGUGGAAAAAGAAGUUGAUGAGGCUCGGUUAUAUGGAAUUGAUCCUAACUUGGUGAAAGAAUUCGAAUCGCAGGGUUUUGACAAGGUUAAAAUUGUAGAGGUUUUAAGAAGACUGGGUAUCAAGUCACUGGAUCCAACUGACAAUGCUACCAUUAACAGGAUUGUAGAGGAACUAUUAAAAUGA